UCCUCCUCGGACACAGAGAUGUGUUCCCCCUCCACUGAGAGAGAGAGGACAGGUCCUUAGGAUCCUUCUGUGUCAGUCCCACAGCUCCUCUGAGUCAUUCCACUUGGAACACACUGCAGACUGGAGACUGUGAGCAGGGGUUCUGAGAUGCACUGAAUAGAGGGCAGGGAGAGGUGUGAGAGUGAGAGUGAGUGUGUGCGCCUGUCUGUGUGUGUGUGUGUGUGUGCUGACAAGCAGAGAGGUGGGGGUUCAUCACUGAAGCAGUGGAGGGAAGGCACACACAAGGCAGCAACGUGUGUUUGUUAUUUUCUCUCGUUCCCAGUCAGACAGGGAGAGGAGAGGUUGUACGCGUCCAGGUCUUUUUUCUCAGCCUGUUUCACCCUCUCUGAGCUGCAGCAUGGUUCCUUACUGCUCAGAUGUGAACAGAUAACCGUGGAGCCUUCCAUCUGCCUGCCUGCCUGUUUGUCUAUUCGCCUGCUCUUCCUUGGAAACGAUGGGCUCCUGCAUCUCUAAAGAUCUCCACGGCGCCCCCCAACCACCACUAACCGAACUGCAGCAGCAGCAGCCCGGCUCUGAGAACCAGGCCGUUUCAAAGGAGCAGACAGGAUUUUGCUGGGACCCCUUGAAGAAAUGCUUCAAGCCUGCCGCAAAUGGGAUUGUGCAGGAGAUGAAGCAGACCCCAGACGGAUUUGAAAUCGCAGAGCUGGCGACAUCAUCCCUGCUAGGUCUGGUGGCGACUAUCAAAGAGCGCAUCACCAAACCGACGGCAAUGGCUCAGGGCCGCGUGGCCCACCUGAUUGAGUGGAAGGGCUGGAACAGCAAGCAGCAGGACUGGGGGGGGGCGCCCUUACAGGACGAGGAGCAGUACAGCGACCUGACCGACGAGAUCAAAGAGGCGCGCUUCGCUGCAGGGGUUGCCGAGCAGUUUGCCAUCGCCGAGGCGACCAUGAGUGCCUGGUCAUCGAUGGACGCUGGAGUCGAGCAUGAUGGGAAGCUCUCCCAGGAUUCUGCUUUCUUUCCAGGUCUUGAUGCGGAGGAGGUGUAUCUCCAGCAGCUGAGGAUGAAUGGUACCCAGAGGCUCUAUAGUAUCAAUCUGGACGGGGGUGAUGAGACAGACCUGCACACCCAGGAGCCAUCCCCGUCUGUCCCCUGCCUGCAGACCCAAUCAAUCAGGGACACGCUCGCAGCCAACCCGGAGAGACAGGGCCCCCUGCUGGUGGGGAGGAGCUGUGGCACAGGACAGCGCCCCCGGAGGAGCGGCUCCAUUCGACACGCUGACAGCAGCUCCAUCUCCGAAGAUGAAGUCUUUUACAACUAGAGGCUGUGUCAAUCCCAGCUGGAACAGCCACAGCUGUCUGUGAACUGGGCUCGAACUAAACUCCCAGCGUGGUCAGUAAGUCAUAUUAGAAACGCUUCCUGUUAACCAGGCAAUACGUACCACUGAUAAUAAUGUCAAAAAGAUAUUAGAAACAGAAAUAUAUGAAAAAUCUUCUCAAUCUUCUCAAUAAAUGGAAAACUGAUGCUGUUAUUUAAAAUCAAGAAAUAUCUACAACCAUGGCAGAAUAUUGGAUAAUAUUGUUUGUUGCUCACAGCUGCAUCCGCCUUGACAGCAGGUCAGGUCCAGCAAAUUAACAUUCUUUAAGCAUUCUUGUCCAUUCUUCACUGAUUUUAAAACCUUUUCUAAUGACAGCAAUUAUGUAGCAAAAUAUCCUUUAAAACUGUGCUCGCAGAUCAAAUGGUGUAUCAGUUUAAUCUGGGAGGUGGUGUAUGCAACUGAAGGGGCAGAAACAAGUUCUGUUCACUCGGGGUGUUGGUAACUGGUUCCCAGACUUACCACAUUACUGCUGGGGGUUGGUGAACUGUGGGAAGUUGAUGUUGUUUCUGGCAUUGCCGAUAUGGCUUGUAACAAUCCAUUCGCUGUUUAUCGCCAAAGAAUCUGAUGGUGACCAAUCACAGCAUCAGUAUGAAAGAGGUGUUCGGUUAACAGCCAAUCAGAGGGUCCCAGGACGAAGGAGUUUUUAUCAUGACUAUUGACGCCCAUUUUCAAACUGGGGAAUACUGUUGCAGAGAGAAUUACGGCUGCAGAGUGCAUUCGAAUAGAAACAUACAUUGGAAUGAAAUGUACAGCCUGGGAAGACCCAAACUAACCAUACACACUAAUUCCUUAUCCACCUUGUAUGACCCAGGGUCUAUAAAAUAUGUCUAACUGCAAACAGUCUAUAACACAUCUUUUUGGAUUCAAGCUAUUUGUACUUUUACAAAUAUUAGUGUGCCUAUUUGUCUUAGAGCGUCACCAGCAGUUUCCAAAGGGGAGGAGCCUAAGAACACUGGAAACAAACUGGAUUGUGAACACAGUCUGAUAAGGUACCGCUCAGAGAUCUAAACUAUGGAAUAAUGUAAUAAUUAGAUACCAGUGAUGUCUAUUGAAGGGGAAAAUUGAAUAUGAUUGUGGGGUACUGAUGUUUCAAAUCCUAAUUGUAUGAUUUGUAAUAUGUUUAUGCUGGCUACCCACCUCUAAUCACAUUGAGCGUGGGUCCUUGUGUGUUCUUGUGUGCAAAUUAUGCUCUCAGUACCACUCUCAGUGUGACUAGGGGCUGGCAGUUGGCACAAGUAAAUGUAAAGGCUAAUUCCUCUGGCCGAGUCUGAUAAAAAAAGUCAGCUUUUCUGUCUGUGUUUACCUUGUAAAUGUUUACCGUUAAAUGAAGAUGUAGAACAGCCCUCCCCCAAAUGUGCAGCAGUAUGUCUGUGAUUUAUAAUGUCGUGUUAUUUUUUAAUAUACAAAUAUAUACAUACCUCACAGUGAUAUUUAAAUAAAGAAAUACAGAAC